CACUCCACAGGCGUCUGAACAGCGAAGAAGUCAAGAUGGCUAAGGUCCCUGACCUCUUUGAAGACCUGAAGAACUGUUACAGUGAAAAUGAAGAAUACAGUUCCGAAAUUGACCAACUCUCCCUGAAUCAGAAAUCCUUCUAUGAUGUAAGAUACGACCCACUUCCGGAGGACUGCAUGGACAAAUUCAUGUCUCUGAGUACCUCUGAGAUCUCCAAGACAUCCCAGCUCACCUUCGAGGAGAGCGUGGUGGUGGUGGCAGCCAAUGGGAAGGUUCUGAAGAAGAGACGGUUGAGUUUCAAUCGCUUCAUGACCGACAAUGACCUGGAAGCCAUCGCCAAUGAUCCAGAAGAAGAAAUCCUCCAGCCCACAUCAGCACCUUACAGCUUCCAGGGCAACAUGAAGUACACCUUCAUGCGGGUCAUCAAACAACAGUUCAUCCUGAACGACACCCUCAAUCAAAGUAUCAUUCGAGACACGUCGGGGAAAUUGCUCAUGGCUGCUGCAUUAAAUAAUCUGGACCAAGCAGUGAAAUUUGACAUGGGUGCUUAUAAAUCAGAUGAUGUUAAACGUGUUGUGACCCUAAGAAUCUCAGAAUCACGACUGUUUUUGAGUGCCCAAAAUGAAGGCGAUCCCGUACUGCUAAAGGAGAUGCCUGAGACACCCAAAACCAUCACAGAUGAGACCAAUCUCCUCUUCUUCUGGGACAUUCAUGGCACUAAGAACUACUUUGAGUCAGUUGCCCAUCCAAAUCUCUUUCUUGCCACAAAGCAAGAACAGCCAGUGCACAUGGCAAGUGGGCAACCCUCGAACACUGACUUUGAGAUACUGGAUAGCCAGCCUUGACUCUGGAGCCUACUUA